AUGGAACUUACAAUGGAAAACAUUGGAAACCUGCACGGCGUGCCUCACGCUCACCAGACGAGCGACUUAAUGAACUCGCCGCACGCGCGCCAGUCGUCGUCGCACCGGAACCUGGUGUCGCACGGGCGCUCCGCCAUGGUGUCCAGCAUGGCCUCGAUACUGGAGGGCGCGGGGGACUACCGCACGGACCACUCUCUGUCCGGGCCCCUGCACCCCGCCAUGACCAUGUCCUGUGACUCGGGGAUGAGUCUGAGCAGCACCUACACCACCCUCACGCCGCUGCAGCACCUGCCGCCCAUCUCUACCGUGUCGGAUAAGUUCCACCAUCAUCCCCAUCCACACGCUCACCACCACCCGCACCAGCGGCUCUCGGCGGGCAACGUGAGCGGCAGCUUCACGCUGAUGAGGGACGACCGGAGCCUCGCCUCCAUGAGCAACCUCUACGGCCACUACCAGAAAGACAUGUCCGGCAUGGGCCAGUCGCUGUCGCCGCUCUCCAACGGCCUCGGCUCGUUGCACAACUCCCAGCAGUCGCUCGGCGCCUACGGGCCGACGGCGCACCUCUCCAACGACAAGAUGCUCUCGUCGGGGGGCUUCGAGUCCCACGCGGCCAUGUUGUCCCGGAACGAGGAGCACCUGGCCCGGGGUCUGGGGGGCCACGGAGCAGGGCUCAUGACGUCGCUGAACGGCAUGCACCACCACAGUCAUCAGCACUCCCAGGCGAACGGCUCCAUGCUGUCGGUGGAGCGGGACCGGCAGACGGUGGGAGGCGGGCAGGGGGGCGCUGGGUCGGGCCAGGUGGAGGAGAUAAACACCAAGGAGGUGGCACAGAGAAUCACCGCCGAGCUCAAGCGAUACAGCAUACCCCAGGCCAUCUUUGCCCAGAGGAUCUUGUGUCGGUCCCAGGGAACGCUGUCCGACCUGCUACGGAACCCUAAACCCUGGAGUAAGCUCAAGUCGGGCCGGGAGACCUUCCGGAGGAUGUGGAAGUGGCUGCAGGAGCCCGAGUUCCAGCGGAUGUCCGCGCUGAGGCUAGCAGCCUGCAAGCGCAAGGAGCAGGAGCAGCACAAGGACCGCAACAUGGCGCCCAAGAAGCAGCGGCUGGUGUUCACCGACCUGCAGCGGCGCACGCUCAUCGCCAUCUUCAAGGAGAACAAGCGCCCGUCCAAGGAGAUGCAGAUCACCAUCUCCCAGCAGCUGGGCCUGGAGCUCAACACCGUCAGCAACUUCUUCAUGAACGCCCGGCGCCGCUGCGUGGACCGUUGGCACGACGACCACGGCGGCAGCCCCGGGCAGCCCGGCACCUCGGGCCCCACCUUCUCCAAGGCCUGA